AUGAGUAAACGUCUUGCAGCCAUUGCUCCUGCUUCCAACGCUUUUUUAGGCUCUUUGCCUAUGCAGAACAAUCCUUCCAACGCAUUGACGGCUCCCAUUCUUUCCUCCGUCUCUGUCAACCAGACACUGCCCUUCACCGCUCUACCACCGCAACCUUUACCGCCAGCAACACCGGUUUCCACGACCACAUCAUCCCAAUCCACAGACCAACGUCCCAAGCUUCAGAAUGUUCCAGCAUUUCUCAACAAGCUGUUCAACAUGGUCAAUGAUCCAAGCACAGAUGACCUGAUACGUUGGUCACCCGACGGCACUUCCUUUAUUGUCACUCGCCACGAAGAUUUCGCAAAGCAAGUAUUGCCUCGCUUCUUCAAACACAGCAACUUUUCCUCAUUCGUACGUCAACUCAACAUGUACGGAUUCCACAAAGUUCCUCAUCUUCAGCAAGGUGUACUGCAAUCUCAAAACAAUUCAGAACGCUGGGAGUUUAGCAACCCUCAUUUUCAACGACAUCAACCCGAUUUGCUUUUGCUCGUCACUCGAAAGAAAGGACGGGAAGCGGAAGAAAAAGAACCAGGCAACGUCGACUUGCAACACAUUAUGGACGAAAUUACCAGUAUCAAGAAACACCAAUUAACCAUCAGCACUCAAUUACGGGAAGUACAAAACGAUAAUCAAGUCUUGUGGCAGGAAACAUUGCAGUCGCGAGACAAACAUCAACGUCAUCAGGAUACCAUUGACAAAAUUUUGCGAUUCCUGGCAUCCGUGUUCUCAGGCGAUAAGAAGCGUGAUGUGAUUCCAAGAAAGAGACGCUAUCUUAUCGGUGAUGGCACAACGAACGAUUCCAAACGAUCUAGAAAAGAGGAUCAGGAGGAAGAAAAAGAUGUGGAUCAGGAUACCGAAGAACAGGACCGAUCAGCCAAGGUACCUCGUUUAUCACCGAAAUUCAAUCUCGAGGAGUAUGGUCAUCAGGAUAGUAACAAAUCGGAUUCUGAUCUUCUCCCCUUGUUAUUCAACAACACAUCGUCUCCAUCAACAUCCACAGCUCCAUCGUCUGAAUUGGAGGCGGCCAUUGCUCUUAAUGAUGAAACCAAGAAAUUCUCGAACAAUUCGAAGCCUUCACAAUCAUUGCCGUCGGAUUUAUUUUCCAUGCUCAAUCCUUCACAGUUGCAAGGGAUACAGACGUUGAUCAGUUUGGCCCAAGCGAAUCCUGCCUUGUUCAAUCAAUUGACCAACGAGAGUUUCAACAGCGUUCCUACUUCCUCAUCCCCAAGCUCAAACACAAACACAAACAUAAACUAUAACCAGUGGAAUGAUCCCUCCGCUUCGGUGAUAUCCAGCCUGUCAUCCAUGCCAAAUAUGUCGUCCUCGGGUAAUGCUGCAACGGUUCCUGAUAUGGACUCUUUGACCAAAUCGGUACCUGAAGGUCUGACGGUUGGCGACCAGCUUGAUUCACUUGUCAAUCAUCUUGGAUUAACCGGGCCCAUCAAAUACAAUGACGCAAAUAAUCUUGAUUUCGUCAACAUGGAUGAAUUACUUAACAAUACAUAUCAUGAAAACAUCUCCGAAUCCGAGACGCCGUCGUCCUAUUUAACAACGACAAGUCCAUCUACCACCGGCGGUGCGGAGGAUUCCGUGCCACAGGUACCAAAUGCCAUUACUUCCACCACUUCUCCAUCAUCAUCCCCAAAACAACAUCAUUCUACAUCCUAA